ACGCCUAUUUCGGGGCGGAGUAUCAAGACUUCACCAUUAAAAAUGUAUUCGGUUCACACAUACACGACAAGAACAAUCAUCCCAAGGGGUGACCUGUUUGGUUUGGUAGACUGUUACUCUGGUAAGGGUGACAGGACACCCAAAGGUUCUUGCGGUCCGUACAUGAGGCCAAUUAGCGGUGACAUCCGCAACACAUUUUCGAGCAAGCACGCCGGCACUUAUCUUUCAUGGAUCGUCUACAUCACAGAGACGUUUUAUGACUUGCUUAAGAAAUUAUUCGAAGAAUGCAACAAAUGUUGCGGCGACGAUAAACCGAAGUGCCGUACUGCACGGUGCUCACGAAAUUGUAAUUUCAAUGGCAAGAAGCCAGACCCCAAUCACGCCGAUUCAUGUGAGUCCAUUGUCAAAUGCAAGUUUACCAGGCCGACGCUGUACAAAUAUGGCUUCGUAAAUGAAGACGCAUUGAUGCUUGCCGAUAAGCCAACCAAACGCACGUGCAAAGAUUUCUGCAAGGCCCUAAAAACUGUUCUCAGUGAUAAAGUAGAUGACGACGCGGCACUUGCAAAGUUGGUAUAUGUAACGAUUCCAGAAUUCCUAUACCAGAUCCGUUUCCCCUUCAUGACCUUAACCCUUUCCCUCUGGCUCCUCUCUCUGUUGUACCUCAUCCACAUCAUGGUCAUCCGCCUCGACCUGCUCCACAUCAAAUCGCAUCUACAUAGUCCCUCGAGUCAUCGCAUCGCCGCUCAAUCGCUACUUGCCGCCGCGCGUGUUAACAAGCUUAACAGGGUGCUUUACCUGCAACCGUAA